AUGGGUAGUAUAGGGGUUUGGAACGUAAGGGGAUUGAACCUUCCCCUGAAAAAAAGAGAGGUUCGGCAACUUGUUUCUGAAAAUCGUCUCCAGGUUUGUGCGGUAUUGGAGUCUCAUGUUAAUGUUACUAAUCUUGCUAGAGUUUGUAAAGGUGUGUUUCGCUCGUGGGAUUGGACGUCAAAUGGCAGCUGCUGUUCAAGAGGUACUCGUAUCAUUGUUGGAUGGAACAAGGAUAUGGUGGAUCUUAUGGUUAUCUCUCAGUCAGAUCAGGUUUUACAUGUGCAAGUUCAUCUAAAAUCUGAAGACAAAAUCCUCUUUUAUUCGUUUGUUUAUGCUGAGAACAAAUACAAAGAUAGAAGGGCCCUUUGGGAUAACUUAUGUAAACACAAGUGUUUCGUUCAUGAUAGGCCAUGGGUGGUAUUGGGGGAUUUUAACACUGCUCUCUCAUUGGAUGAUUGUCUGGUUGGGCCUUCAACUAUUCCAAUUGGGAUGAGAGAAUUUUACGAUUGUGUGCAACAUAAUCAGCUGAUCGAUGUCAAAGGCCACGGUUUACGUUUCACUUGGAAUCAAAAACCGAAAAAUGGGGUAGGUGUUUUAAAGAAGAUUGAUAGAGUUAUGGUUAAUAUUCAUUUUUUGGAUUCGUAUCCAGAUGCUUAUGUUCUUUUUCAUCCUUACCGGGUUUCGGACCACACGCCAUGCAUCCUUAAUUUAUUACCUUUUAAGCAUACUCGGCCUAAACCUUUCAAGUUUGCUAACUUCUUAAUGAAAGAGGGUUUUAUUCAGUGUGUUUCCAAGGAGUGGGCUAAGGAGGUGCCAGGUGUUACUAUGUUCUCGGUUGUUAAGAAGCUAUCAUCUCUGAAGUCUCCGUUGAGGCGUCUUUUAUUCAUGCAGGGUAACCUUCAUGAUCGAGUCAAGUAUGUGAGAUUGAAGCUGGAUGACAUUCAAAAGGCUAUUGACGCUAACCCUUUGGAUAUCACUCUUAGAGAAACCGAAUCCAGGUGUAUCCAAGAGUUUAACUCUGUCUCUUACGAUGAAGAAUGCUUUUUUAAAGCAGAAAUCAAAGGCCGAAUGGUUGGCAGCGGGUGA